AUGGAGAGAAUACAUCACAUGUCCUGUGAAUGUUCAAAGUCUGAAAUUGAUUUGUUCAGCAUCCCACCAACUCAAACAACUGUGGAGAAGGGGAAAUGGGUCCAAUUUUUUCCUCUUACAAACAUAUCGGAUUCUACACCCAUCCAAUUUCACCUUCAAGGCUCGACGGAGGAGUACACAGACCUCUCACAAAGUUUACUCCAUGUCCAAGCAAAAGUAGUCAAUGGAGAUGGCACACCUUUGGAUCAAGAUGCACAAGUGGGGCCAGCCAACAUGUUCUUACACUCUCUGUUCAGCGAUGUGGACUUGAUGCUGAAUGACAGACUCGUCACCCCAUCAACCAACACGUAUGCCUACAGAGCAGCCCUGGAAACACUUCUCACCUACGGACCCGAAGCCAAGGAAUCCCAGCUAACUUCUGCCCUCUUCUACAAAGACACGCCCGGUCACAUGGAUGACGGAAACCCUCUGAGCGUGGAUGCCGGUAACCAGGGACUGAGGGAGAGAUAUCGAUUUAUUCGAGGCAGCAAUACGGUGGACAUGGUGGGUCUUCUCCACCUCGACAUGGUCUUCCAAGACAGACUGCUCCUCGGUGGUGUGGAUAUUAAACUUAAACUCAAUCGCAGCAAGAAUAGCUUCAGUCUGAUGUCUGCCGCCGACAAUGCCGAUUACAAAGUCCUCAUCACCAGCGCAUCGUUACACGUGAGAAGAGUCAAACUUAGCCCAGAGGCUGCCCUUCUCCAUGCCAAGACACUGGAAACACAAACGGCCAAGUACCCUAUCCGACGAGCCGAGGUGAAGACAUUUUCAAUUCCACGGGGCAACCUGUCUUUUACCAGAGAAAGCCUCAUCUUGGGACAACUUCCAAAGCGACUCGUGAUUGGCUGCGUCAGUAACACAGCAUUCAAUGGGGACUACUCCAAAAAUCCAUUCAACUUUCAUCACUACGACCUGAACUUUCUGGCCCUGUACGCCGACUCGGAACAAAUACCAUGGAAACCCAUCCGCCCCAACUUUUCUGGACCUGACCCAAACUACAUCUUGGCAUACCAGACUCUCUAUUCCGGCAUCAAUUCAAUGUUUCACGAUAAAGGGAAUCAAAUAACCAGGACGGACUACAACAAGGGAUACACGCUUUAUGCAUUUGACAUGACACCAGAUCUUUCGACGGGAGAUUGCUUCAACUUGCGUAAACAUGGCAACGUUCGACUCGAGAUGCAGUUUGCAAGAGCACUACCAGAAACUGUAAAUGUGAUGGUCUAUGCAGAAUAUGAGAGCGUAAUAGAAAUAGACAGAAACCGCAAUGUCAUCAUUGAUUUUGGCGGUUGA